GCGUAGAAAGUAGCAAAGAAUCGACGAUAAAAGGCCACGGAGAGGGGUGCUUGUGUAGAAAGAAUUUACACAAAAUGCGAUUAUGGGAAAUCUAGUAUCUAUAAUUUGUGGUGUUGGUGGAGAAAGGAAAACACAAGCAAACAGAUCAUCAUCAUCGCAACGGGAUACAGCAACGUCUUUUAAUCGGAAAGGUCCAAGUUUUGGUUCUUCAAAGUCUGGAAAAAGCUUCAGGAAAAAGUAUGAAUACAUCCCAGACAACUAUUCAUCCUUAGAACAGGUUACAAAGGCACUAAGAGAAUCUGGAUUGGAGUCAUCUAACCUUAUCCUUGGUGUAGAUUUCACUAAGAGUAACGAAUGGACAGGUAAAGCUUCGUUUAAUAACCGCAGCCUUCAUGCCAUUGGGGAUUCUCCAAAUCCAUAUGAAAAGGCCAUAUCAAUUAUUGGAAAAACUCUUGCUCCUUUUGAUGAUGACAAUUUAAUUCCUUGUUUUGGAUUUGGUGAUGCAACAACACAUGAUCAAGAAGUGUUUAACUUUCAUGAUGAUGGCUCCCCAUGUCAUGGAUUUGAAGAAGUCUUAACUUGCUACAAGAGGGUUGUCGCAAACGUGCAGCUGGCUGGACCAACAUCUUAUGCGCCUGUUGUCGAAGCUGCCAUGGAUAUAGUAGAGAAACGUGGAGGUCAAUUCCAUAUACUAGUUAUCAUAGCAGAUGGCCAGGUUACAAGAAGCGUCAAUACAAGUAAUGGGGAACUCAGUCCACAGGAACAAAAAACUAUUAGCUCAAUUGUUGAAGCAAGUUUGUAUCCUCUAGUAAUCGUCCUUGUUGGCGUUGGCGACGGUCCUUGGGAUGACAUGAAAAGGUUUGAUGACAAGAUUCCUACUCGUGGAUUUGAUAACUUUCAGUUUGUUAAUUUUACUGGUAUCAUGUCCAAAGAUCUAAGCCCAGAUCACAAGGAAGCAGCUUUUGCACUCGCUGCGCUUAUGGAGAUUCCGAUACAAUAUAUGGCAGUCAAUGAACUUGGCUUACUUGGACAAGUGACUGGGAAGGCAAAGAGAAUUCUUCCACGGCGACCUCCUCGUCCAAGGGGCCGCACACAGUCCGUAAAUGACCCAACACCAACACAAGAUGAUGAAAAUAAGAUCUGCCCAAUCUGUCUAACAAAUGAAAAGGAUAUGGCCUUCGGAUGUGGACACAUGGCUUGUAAAGAAUGUGGAUCACAAUUAAGUCGUUGCCACAUAUGUCGUCAACAAAUCAGCUCCCGGAUCAGGCUAUACACUGGGUGAUUAUAUGGCUAUGCAUAAUAUGUACAAAUUAACUAAUUAAGCUAUAUGAAAGUUUUAAAUUAAGUUAUGGAAAAUGCAAACUAUAUGGGAUACUCUAGGUUUAUUGCUUCAUUGAUGUGUCCAUUUUUAUCAUCCUAAAAUGGAUAGUUGGUACUUGGUAGUAUCCUCAUAUUUUAUGUCUAUCCGUUAGACUGUGUGUAUUUGCAUUCAUGAAAACUUCCAAACAUUAUGUAUAGUUGUUUGGAAAUUAAAUAAUAAUCUUUGUGUGUUU